AUGAAGCUUAAGAUCCAUAGCCUCAGCCGGCAGAUGUCUGUCUGCUAUAAAAACAGUGUCACAGAGUCGAUUUUAGCACGGCCCUCUCCACCAGUUUUGAAGAAACGACUACUGACCAGGCAGCAAGACGGCAACAAGCUACGAAUAAACAACAUGAUCGAACGUUUGGAAUUUAAGAAACACGGGAUAAAAUGUCAAAACAUAUCUGAGAUUAUUAAAUGCCUAUAUCCGACUAAGUUUUCGAGACUCCGGCUUGGAAACGGUAGUAGUUAUCGAAACAAGCAAUUGGAGAAACUGGGAAGAGAUUUACUACUCCUUACUGUCAACCAGACUUUUCUUAAUCUAUUCAAGAAGUCUCAGCAGGACAUAGCGGGAUUUGAUUUCAAUUUCGGUGCUAAAAUGAACUAUAUGAGCAGUUGGAAGAAGAACCAUUUGUCUCUGAUACGGCGUUUCCUGAAAUGGAAUGAUUUAAUUGAUCUCGCCAGGCUACCGGCGCCUCGAAGUCAGGUACCUCAACGAAUUCAAAUUGCAUUUGAUCAAAAAACUUUUGAUGCUAUCAUCGGAUAUAUUUCAGUGACCAACGAUCCGGAAGCUGUCAACGGCUUCCUGAAAGAAAAAGUGGCUAAGCAGAUAGCUCAAAACAUUAUAUUAGGGUGA